UUCCCGAAGGGUUGAUCAGACGCUUCCAUUGUAAGUUAGGAUUCGUCUGAGAAGAUUUCGACAAAAAACAGUUUAUUGAAGCAGGGACGUCCCUUAAGUCGCCGCUAACUUCGUCAAAUCGCGAUUAAGAAGCACGGGUGGCCAAGUGUGUUAGCGCGUCGGCCUCUCACCGCUGUAGCCAAGGUUCGAAUCCUGGCUCAAACUGGGGAUUUUUCCGGGUUCCUGCCUUGGUUCGGAUUUGUGUCACAAUUUUUUCUUGAAGAAAUGGCAACAUCUGCCAGCAGGCGCCUCGAGGAUGAGGUGACGUGCUCUAUAUGUAAAGAGCACUUCAACGAUACUAGAGUGCUCCCUUGCUUCCACUCAUUUUGUCGGCACUGCCUGGAAGAGCUGGCAGUGCACUCUGAAGGGAGAGGAAAACUUGUGUGCCCCCUCUGUAAGGCGGAAUUCCAGAUUUCCCCGGCUGAUGUUUCGAGUUUGAAGGUGAACUUUAUGAUCAAUAGUAUUAUCUCUGUUCUUCCUUUGUUCACAUCUGAAGACUCCAAGAAGAAAACUGUUUGUCAAAUGUGUGAUAGUGGCGAGCCUGCCCAAGGGAGAUGUAACGAGUGCGAUCACUUUGUCUGUGAGCAGUGUAUCUCGGCUCAUAAGAGACUUCGACCGUUGCAACACCAUACUAUCCUCAGUCUUGAUGAGAUCAAAAGCGGAAAGUUACUUGCAAUGAGCAAAACUACCUACUGCACCAAACAUAAGGGUAAAAAGCUGAAACUGUUUUGCGAAUCUUGUAAGGAAGUGAUUUGCCGAGAUUGCACCGUUGUUGAUCAUAAAAAUCAUGACUACCUUUUCACAAGUGAUGUUAUCGCUCGAGAGAAAGAAGAAAUAUUGGAAAGAGCAAAAAAAGUUACAUCAAAACUCACCGACAUUGAACAGGCGAUGGCAUUGGUUGAAAAGGCUCAACAACAUCUGGACGAAAAUAAACGAGCGGCCAGAAGGGAUCUGGAUCAGUUUAUUGAUAAGCAGAUAGGGGCUCUUGAGAAGAUGCGAUCUUAUCUUAAAGGGGAGAUCGAGUCAGCUUGUCAGAAGCAAGAGAAGCAGCUGACUGCCCAGAGAGAGAAUCUAUCCAUGAGACUUGCAAGUGCUCGUAGCAGUUUGGAGUUUGCUGAGAGAAUGUGCAGGGAAGCAAAUGAUGUGGAUGUCUUGUCCAUCAGGAAUGAAGUGCUAUCCCAGCUAUCGAGUCUUGCAGAGAAACCCGUGGAUCAGCCUUGUAUGGAGGGUGGAGUUCGUCUUGUAGUGGAUCAGGAAUAUUGGAGUCCAUGUCAAAGAAGAUCUCGGUUGAUGUAUCAAGCCAAGUCUCAGUUGGUGAAUCUGAGCAUACAGUUUUUGAGAAGUCCGCCAUCCUCAGCGGCAAAGGUCCAGAGUACCUCCGAGAUCUCUUGGGAUUCCUGCAGCCCGUGCAGCAGAGUCCAAAAAGUCGCUGGGUCAGAUGUUUCUCUGCAAAAAGAGAUGGCUGGGCUGCCAGGACCUUCCAUGAAAAAUGCAACGGCAAAGCGCCGAACAUCGUACUCGUGAGCGUUGGGGGCCGAUACGUGUUUGGUGGCUACUCUGACGUAGCGUGGACAAUGAGUGACCGUGGAUGGCACUCCUCCAGCAGGUCAUUCUUGUUCACGCUGUGUAACAAGAAUGGCUACCGCCCUGAAAAGUUGCCAUUGAAGCGCACGCCAGAUAUAUUUGCCAUUUGUGACCACACAAGUUUCGGUCCG